UCACUUUAAAGGCUCUUUCUUACCCAUAAUGCUUUGUGGGGACGUUGACAAGUGGAUCCAAGAUGGCGUAGAAAGUAAUGACAGGAAUUGGAUGAAAUAAUUGAUCACUAACGAACUACAGUGCUGGUGAGAUGUGUAAGAAAUUAUAAAGAGCUCUGAUGGGCUAUUUGGGUGAUACCCAGUGCAGUGAACUGCAGGAUUUUUGUCCCUAAGUCAUGGAAGACAGAAGAGCUGAAAAGUCAUGUGAACAAGCAUGUGAAUCACUAAAGAGGCAGGACUAUGACAUGGCCCUCAAGCACUGCACAGAGGCUCUCCUUUCUCUUGGCCAGUACUCCAUGGCCGACUUCACAGGGCCGUGUCCACUGGAGAUAGAGCGCAUCAAAAUUGAGAGUCGUCUUUACAGAAUCGCCUCGUUUUUGCAACUGAAAAACUAUGGGCAAGCUGAUGAAGAUUGUAGGCAUGUGCUGGGAGAAGGACUGGCCAGGGGUGAGGGUCCCUUUCGGGCCAUGCUUUGCUGCAUGCAGCUGAAGGGAAAGCUCCAACCUGUAUCCACAAUCCUUGCCAAGUCUCUGACAGGAGAGUCCCUGAAUGGAAUGGUAACAAAAGAUUUGACAAGACUAAAAACACUUCUCACAGAAACAGAGACAGCAACUAGUAAUGUCCUCACUGGAUAUCAUGCGGAAGACUUAGAUGAGGGGUCUUGUAAUGGUUGGCAUUUCCGCCCACCACCUAGGGGAAUCACAAGCAGCGAGGAAUAUACUUUGUGUAAAAGAUUUUUAGAGCAAGGAAUCUGUAGGUAUGGUGCCCAGUGUACUUCAGCACAUUCCCAGGAAGAACUAGCAGAAUGGCAGAAAAGAUACGCUUCACGGUUGAUAAAAUUGAAACAGCAAAAUGAGAAUAAACAGCUCUCAGGCAGUUACAUGGAAACCUUGAUAGAAAAAUGGAUGAAUUCAUUAUCUCCUGAGAAAGUGCUUAGUGAAUGUAUAGAAGGAAUAAAGGUAGAGCAUAAUCCUGACUUGUCUGUUACUGUCAACACCAAAAAAUCUCAUCAGACAUGGACUUUUGCUCUCACUUGUAAGCCUGCAAGAAUGCUGUAUCGUGUAGCAUUGCUUUAUGAUGCUCAUCGUCCUCAUUUUAGUAUCAUUGCAAUAUCUGCCGGAGAUAGUACUACCCAGGUAUCACAAGAAGUCCCAGAAAACUGUCAAGAAUGGAUAGGAGGAAAGAUGGCCCAAAAUGGAUUAGAUCAUUACGUGUAUAAAGUCGGGAUAGCAUUUAACACAGAAAUAUUUGGAACUUUUCGCCAAACCAUAGUUUUCGACUUUGGAUUGGAACCAGUACUCAUGCAAAGAGUAAUGAUUGAUGCAGCUUCUACAGAAGAUCUUGAAUACCUGAUGCAUGCAAAACAACAGCUAGUAAGUACAGCUAAGCGCUGGGAUUCUUCUUCUAAGACUAUUGUAGAUUUUGAACCUAAUGAAACUACUGAUUUGGAGAAGAGCCUUCUUAUCAGAUACCAAAUUCCUCUCUCUGCUGACCAGCUAUUUACCCAGUCCGUUUUAGACAAAUCAUUGACCAAGACCAACUAUCAGUCAAGGUUGCACGACCUCCUUUAUAUCGAGGAGAUAGCCCAGUACAAAGAAGUCAGCAAAUUCAACCUAAAAGUGCAAUUGCAGAUUCUAGCAAGCUUCAUGCUCACUGGAGUUUCUGGAGGUGCAAAGUAUGCCCAAAACGGACAACUUUUUGGUCGUUUUAAGCUUACUGAGACACUUUCUGAAGAUACUUUGGCUGGACGACUGGUGAUGACCAAAGUCAAUGCUGUUUAUUUAUUACCAGUUCCUAAAGAGAAGUUAGUACAGACCCAGGGAACCAAAGAGAAGGUUUAUGAAGCUACUAUUGAAGAAAAAACGAAAGAAUAUAUAUUUUUACGGAUAUCCAGGGAAUGCUGUGAAGAACUUAAUCUUCGGCCUGACUGUGACACACAGGUUGAACUUCAGUUUCAAUUGAAUCGAUUACCCCUCUGUGAAAUGCAUUAUGCAUUAGACAGGAUCAAGGACAAUGGAGUAUUGUUUCCAGACAUCAGUAUGACUCCCACUAUACCUUGGAGUCCCAACAGACAAUGGGAUGAACAGUUGGAUCCUCGACUAAAUGCAAAACAGAAAGAAGCUGUUUUGGCCAUUACCACUCCACUUUCCAUCCAGCUGCCACCUGUCCUUAUCAUUGGACCCUACGGGACGGGCAAAACAUUUACAUUAGCUCAAGCUGUUAAGCAUAUACUGCAGCAGCAGGAGACUAGCAGGAUUCUCAUUUGCACCCAUUCUAAUAGUGCUGCUGAUCUCUACAUAAAGGAUUAUUUACAUCCAUAUGUAGAAGCAGGCAAUCCCCAGGCAAGACCUCUCAGGUUUUUUUACGCACAUUUUAUUAGAUGAAGCUGCCCAAGCCAUGGAGUGUGAAACUAUUAUGCCUCUAGCAUUAGCAACUAAAAGCACUCGGAUUGUUUUGGCUGGUGAUCACAUGCAGCUCAGUCCUUUUGUUUACAGUGAAUUUGCCAGGGAGAGAAACCUUCAUGUUUCGUUACUUGAUCGACUUUAUGAGCAUUACCCUGCUGAGUUUCCAUGUAGGAUCCUUCUAUGUGAGAACUACCGCUCCCAUGAAGCUAUCAUCAAUUAUACCUCUGAACUUUUCUAUGAGGGCAAACUGAUGGCCAGUGGAAAGCAACCAGCACACAAGGAUUUCUACCCACUGACUUUCUUUACAGCACGAGGGGAAGAUGUACAAGAAAAAAAUAGCACAGCUUUUUAUAAUAAUGCUGAGGUAUUUGAAGUUGUGGAACGUGUAGAAGAGUUAAGAAGGAAAUGGCCAGUAGCAUGGGGGAAGUUAGAUGAUGGCAGCAUUGGUGUGGUGACUCCAUACGCAGAUCAAGUGUUUAGGAUACGUGCUGAACUUCGAAAAAAGAGAUUAUCUGAUGUUAAUGUAGAAAGGGUUCUAAAUGUUCAAGGAAAGCAAUUCAGAGUUUUGUUUCUUAGCACAGUACGUACAAGACAUACUUGUAAACAUAAACAGACGCCAAUUAAAAAGAAAGAGCAACUUCUGGAAGAUUCUACAGAGGACUUAGAUUAUGGUUUUUUAUCUAACUACAAGCUUCUCAAUACUGCCAUCACAAGAGCACAGUCUUUGGUUGCUGUGGUGGGAGAUCCUAUUGCACUGUGCUCUAUUGGAAGAUGCAGGAAGUUUUGGGAGCGGUUUAUCACUUUUUGUCAUGAAAAUAACAGCCUACAUGGGAUCACAUUUGACCAGAUCAAGGCUCAGUUAGAGGCUUUAGAACUAAAGAAGACAUAUGUGUUGAAUCCACUGGCUCCUGAAUUUAUCCCCCGGGCUCUAAGACUGCAGCAUUCAGGAAAUAGCAACAAACAGCAGCAAUCACCACCCAAGGGGAAAAGCCUCCAUCAUACCCCAAAUGAUCACUUCCAGAAUGAUGGAAUUGUUCAGCCCAAUCCUUCUGUACUUAUUGGCAAUCCUAUUAGAGCAUAUACUCCUCCACCCCCUCUUGGACCUCACCCAAAUUUGGGAAAAUCUCCAAGCCCUGUUCAGAGAAUUGAUCCUCACACUGGGACAAGUAUUCUCUAUGUACCUGCUGUCUAUGGAGGGAAUGUAGUUAUGUCGGUGCCUUUACCUGUACCAUGGACAGGAUACCAGGGUAGGUUUGCAGUUGAUCCUCGAAUUAUUACACAUCAGGCAGCAAUGGCCUACAAUAUGAACCUCUUACAGACACAUGGACGGGGGUCUCCUAUACCUUAUGGGCUUGGACAUCACCCACCUGUCAGCAUAGGGCAGCCACAGAAUCAGCAUCCUGAGAAGGAUCAACAUGAGCAAAAUCGAAAUGGUAAAAGUGAUACAAAUAACCCUGGACCUGAAAUUAAUAAAAUUCGAACACCGGAGAAAAAGCCUACAGAACCAAAACAGGUUGAUUUGGAAUCAAAUCCACAGAACAGAAGUCCUGAAUCACGUCCUGGUGUUGUUUAUCCCAAUACCAAAUUUCCUCGCAAAGAUAAUCUCAACCCAAGACACAUAAAUCUUCCUCUUCCUGCUCCCCAUGCACAGUAUGCAAUCCCCAGUCGUCAUUUCCACCCCCUUCCCCAGCUACCACGACCGCCAUUUCCAGUUCCACAGCAGCACACCUUGUUAAAUCAACAGCAGAAUAAUUUGCCUGAACAACCAAAUCAAAUGCCACCGCAACCAAAUCAGGUAGUCCAGCAGCAAAGUCAGUUAAAUCCGCAGGCCCAGCAGCCACCUCCUCAACUUUCUCCUGCCUAUCAGGCAGGACCCAACAGUGCUUUUUUUCAUAAUGCAGUUUCUCAUCAACCACAGUCUCCUCCUGCAGAGACUGUGAUUCCUGAGCAGCAGCCCCCUCCCAUGCUGCAAGAAGGCCAUAGUCCUCUGAGAGCCAUUGCACAGCCCGGCCCCCUCCUUCCUUCUCAUCUGAAUAACUUCAUUGAUGAGAACCCCCCAGGAUUACCUAUAGGAGAGGCUUUAGAGCGUAUACAUGGGAGCAUAGCUCUGGAAACAUUAAGGCAGCAGCAAGCACGGCUACAGCAGUGGAAUGAGCACCAUGCCUAUCUCAGUCAGGGUGGUAUUCCUUACCCACACCACCAUCCUCAUCUCCAGCAUCUUCCUCAGCCGCCCAUGGGACUCCAGCCACCAGUGAGGGCAGACUGGAAGCUCACCAGCAGUGCUGAAGAUGAAGCAGAAACGACAUUCUCAAGGUUUCAGGACUUAAUCAGAGAACUGUCUCACCGUGAUCAAAGUGAAACUCGAGAACGAGCUGAAAUGCCACCACCUCAGUCAAGACUUUUGCAAUAUAGACAAGUUCAGGCAAGAAGCCCACCAGCAGUCCCAUCUCCCCCAUCCAAUACAGACCACAGUAGCCACUUUUCUAGUUUUAAUGACAGCAGCAGAGACAUUGAAGUAGUCAACAACCCAGCAUUUCCACAGCGCCUUCCACCUCAGAUAUUCAGCUCACCCUUCUCGUUGCCAUCUGAACACCUUGCCACUCCUCCCUUGAAGUACCUGGCACCUGAUGGAGCAUGGACUUUUGCUAACCUGCAACAAAAUCACUUAAUAGGGCCGGGCUUUCCUUAUGGCCUACCUCCAUUGCCUCAUAGGCCACCGCAGAACCCUUUUGUACAAAUACAAAACCAUCAACAUGCUAUUGGUCAAGAGCCAUUUCAUUCACUGUCAUCUCGAACAGUAUCUUCUUCUUCGCUCCCUAGCUUAGAAGAGUAUGAGCCCAGAGGACCCGGUCGGCCCUUGUACCAAAGAAGAAUCUCAUCUAGCUCAGUGCAGCCUUGUUCUGAAGAAGCAAGCACUCCUCAAGACAGCCUGGCUCAGUGUAAGGAGCUGCAGGACCAUGGCAACCCUCCACCUUUCAGCUUCUCAUCCCCAGAGUCCUGGGUGAACACCGCCGCGUCUGCCCCCUAUCAGAACAUUCCGUGCAAUGGAUCCAGCAGGCCAGCUCAGCCCAGAGAGUUGAUAGCUCCACCUAAGACUGUCAAACCCCCUGAGGAGAAUCUGAAGUCCGAAAGCCUUGAGGUGUCCAGUUCCUUCAACUAUAAUGCGCUGCAGCAUCUCGGUCAGUUCCCACCACUCAUGCCCAACAAGCAGAUUGGGGAGUCAGCCAGCAGCAGCAGCCAGCAGAGCCCCUCGGGGAGCAAGCCAGCCAUGUCCUAUGCCAGCGCACUGCGGGCACCUCCCAAGCCCAGGCCGCCACCAGAGCAGGCCAAGAAGAAUAGUGACCCCCUGUCUCUGUUCCAGGAACUCAGCCUCGGCAGCUCCUCAGGCAGCAAUGGCUUUUAUUCCUAUUUUAAAUAAUCACUUCUUUUUUUCCAAGGGGAAAAUGUUUUAAUUUCUGUUUAUAUUAAUAGAAUUAAGGUAGUUGGACUUCAUCUAUAGAUGCACAGUUCUUUGUUUUAAUAUUAAAUAUGUUCUCACUUAAUUGCUUUGCUGCUAGACUUGCAACUAAUUUUUUAAAAGUAUAUUCCAUUAUUUUGCAUUUUUGAUGUGAGUCAAUUUUGACAGCUUUUAUGUAGAAUAAAAAAUAUUUUUAAAUUGGUGUAUUGUUAUAUAUGUUUGCAUCAAGCUAGCAGCUAAGAGGUUAAUUGUGCAACUAUUAAAAAAAGAAAAAAGUUUGUCUAAAAUGUAUUUAAAAAGAAAAUUGUAAGUAGCAUUUACAUUUAUUCAAUAAUAUUGCGAUAUGCUGGGUUUCUGUACCAGAAAUGGCCAGUUGAUGUACAAAUGUAUGUUAUUUUUGCUCAAAUUCAUUUAAAUUUUUUUAAAAUAAAGGGGCAGCAUCUUCUAAAUACUUUAAGUUUUAUCAGCUUUUUUUGGUGAAGGAUGCUGCAUUCUAAAACUUUCUUGGUUUUAGACUGUGUGAUGUGCUGUUGUACUCUCCAUCCACCAUAGGAUAGAGCUAAAGGCAUUCUUUGCAGGUGUAUUUUGUAUGCCACUGUUUUUUGAAGUAUGAAAAAACUUUGGCAUACUUAGUUAUUUUUUUGGACAAGCUACACUUCAAGCUUGUUUUUAAUGUUAAUUUGAUAGUGUGUUUUUUAAAAACAAAUCAUGAAGCUGAAAAAUUUUUAGGAUUGUUGGUGCUUAGUAGACUUGAUAACUAUUUUAAAAAUGCGUGAAUUUAGUAAAAUCCUUCUUUCUCACUAUGCAUGUGUAAAUGUUUGUAACCUGGCUUUCCCCUUCUCCAGUGGUAUAAAGAAUUGUGCCGCUUUAAGAUUUGAUUUUUUUUUUCCUCCAGUAAAAGUUUUGGUACCUAAUUUGAUGUUUACAUUAAAAUGUGACAUUAUAUACAUGGCAAUUCAAAUAUUUGUUUUAUUUGAGGAACAUCAUCAAAGGAAAAAGUGUUUGUCAAAAAUUAAUCAAAAUUCAUCAAACUCUGGGGCAGAAAACUACCCUUGUUUUUCAUGUCUUUCAGUUCUUCUAAAAUACCCCUAUUGAACUUGUAUAAAAUAUAAAAUUUAACUACCUUAAAUAUUCUAUAGUCUGAUAGUUGUCUUGAAUGCGCUUUGGUAAAAUCCAAAGAACAGUGUUUACCCUCUUACACCUUGUGGUCUUAUGACACAUUUGAAAUGAUGCAUGUCCUUAUCAUUUUCCUGAUGUAGUAGUACAAUUUUUAUAUUUCAGAGAUAUCUUGAAACUACAGUAUAACUUAAAAGAAAAUAAGAUGAGGCCAGGGAACAUUUCAAAUGAGCCCAACUUUCCUCAUUAUCCAUUAAAAAGUAGUUUUUUGGAAGACUGCUUUUCAUAGGCAAUCUUGUAUUCACAGUACAUUUUAAGAAUGGAUUGAAAGUGGCAAGGAUAAAGAGAAAUUACUUACAUCUCUCAUGACUGAAGGUUAGUUUAGGUUGGCCAGCUGCAAUCUUCAUAUCAUUUGGGAUAAAGGCAUGUCUUUGGUUAAAGGUUAGCAAGCUACAGGACAAAUGAAACGUGCCUCUUAUUCAUUUCUACUUUUCUGCUCAGGGUGCAGUUCAUUUGUACAUGGCUUCCUAUUACAGGCUGCAGGUCUCGUUAGGGCGGCACAUGGAUACCUAUAGACUGCAGACAUGUUAAUGGUUAGUAUAAAUCACAGUUGGAAAACUGAGCAGCAAGCUAUAGCUCUUUGCUUUCUCUGUAGGAUAUGAGAUUGCCACAUUUAGCUAUGUCAAAUUUUGCUUAGCAUACUUUAGUGAGAAGAUGGACUUUUUUUUUUUUUGCUGUAUUGCUGUGUAUUUCCAACUCUAUGACAAACAUAGCCCAGAUGAAAAUUAGGUCUCCCGAAUGUGAGAAUGUCUAUGAAGAAUACUUUUUUCAUCAGUGAUGAUCCUCCCCCACCCCCAUGCAUGUCUACAAUACAAGCUAGAUAAAUUUUCAAAAGCAUUUUGAUAAUAAGAAGGCAGAAUUGUACUGUCAGGUCUUUCAGUUAACCUCUUUUAAUGAGGUUAUUGCCUGAUUUUCUGUUUCCCAUACUUGAACCUUUAAAAAUAGCAAUUUUUAAAUUAUUUAUGUUUCUAUUUAGGAGGUCAUGUACACACCCUGCCACCUUCUAUAAAUAUAUUGAUGAUGGACCCUUGGAUAAGGAAGCUGUGCAGUUGCUAUGGCAGUUUCUUUCUAAGCAGUUAUUUCUAAAACAUGAACAAUGAUAGCUACUUACUAGUUCACUGCUCGCUCUCAAUGUCCCAAGUGUUCAUUUCUUUCUUGUUUCUAGUCAAGGGUUUGAAUGUUCUUUCCAUCUGGUAAUCUUUCUGUAUUCUAGAUCAUUCUGUAAUCAAGAUCUAGAUUAUUUUAACCCCUAACAAGCUUCCUCUUUGCCAGCAUUACUUAAUGCCAUAUUUCCAACACUGCUUUAAAGAAUCUUAUUUAUGGAUACUUAAUUUGUAAUGAUUUGAGCAAGUAUUACUAUAAGAAUCAUUGCAACUUUGUAGUUAUUAGCAAGUACCUAUAAGUCAGACUGAUAAAAUAACUUAUUUUCUUAUUUCAUGCGCUAGGUUCAACCUUAGAGAGCUCAGAUGGAACAUAUACAUACAUAUAUUAAUAUAUGGAUUUUUUAAAAAAGCAACUUGAUGAUAGCUCUGGGAUAAUACCAAUUAUUACCAACCUCCUUUUUUUCUGGAACAGAUUUCUUCUAAGUGAAGAUAACUGUUCCAUGAUUUCUUUCUACUUCUUUGUUCCUUGUAUCACUCUCAAGUUUCCUUGUUCUUGCCAAAACUAUGUUUCAUUUAUUCCACUUUUUAAUUUCAGUGCAACUUAAGAUUUUCUUUCUUUUUUAGUCCUAAAGAAAUUUUUUUGGGUAAUAGAGAAUUUGUAGAUUAUUUCUGCUAUUUAUUUUCCUGAUCUAAAAAUGAUUUUUUUUGUUAAGAUAUGAAGAACCUCAUUCACUAUAAUAUGGCUGUUUCCCAGUGUGCUUUUAAAAAGGAGUUUUGGUUGCCACUUUGGCAUAUGCUUUGCCAAGUUGUUAGAGCAGAGCUUUUUUUUAUGAUUAAUCAGUAGUUAAUUAUUGACCAUUUAAACUAAUGUGACCUUAAUUUUCCUUUUUCCACACAGCUCUGCUUUUCAUGCAGGUCAUCUUGUAAUCCAAACUGCUUGGUGUUUGUUUGUUUGUUUGUUUUCAUCAGAGAUUUUAAAAUAAAUUCAGAUAAACACCUAGUCUUUUUAGUUCAAAGAAUUGCAGAAUAAGUAAAAUAAGCAAGAAUCCCCACCGAAUAAGCAUUACCUGUUUAAACAUAGUCAUCUCCAAGACCUAUUUAUGAAAGUACAGGAAUUGAAAUUGCUGAGAAAGCUAACUGCAUUUUCUAACUUUGAGAUCAUUCAUAUACAGUAUAGUAGUAUGUUGCUCUAGUGUAGAUCAUUUUAUGUUUUUAAUAUAUUUCACCUAAAGAGCAAAGCUAUAAACAUAAAAGAAUUUAUCUCUAGCCACCUUGGCCAAGAAUCAGGGUGUGAAAACAAUUUCCAGAUAAAGUUUAGAAUUUCAGCUAUUGUAAUUAAGAAAAGUAGAUUUCCUGAGAUAGUUAUUUAAAAAGAGACACCAUGAUAGCAGUGUUCCAUAGUGAAGUUGUUUUUAAAAAGGGAAUCCCAGAAAAUGUGUAUAAAAACAUAUGGUUAAAUUUCCAGUAUAGCGAAAGAUACAUAUUGCUGCUUUAAAAGGACUUUUUCCAUACUUCUCCCUCCUUGCAGCUCCUCAAAGACACUAAUUUGUCUUUUCUGACUUAACAGACAUUAUUUCUUGCCAACAAUCUUUCUUAACACGAAAAUCCUCAUUUCUACCACUAGCUUGCACAUUUUCCUGAAUCUUGCAGUAAAUAUCUUGAUGGAUCUGAUUUCUCUCUCCCCUCUUUGUCAUCUGAUCUAUGUUCAAACUGCCUAGAAAUUAGAAAAAUGGAUAGUGUUCUAUUGAUUUCUUAUUGAAAAUACCACUUAGUGGUGUCAGUCAUAUUACACAGAUAACCAUCAUGAAAGAUUAUGGGAUGUUAGUCUUCAAAGUGCUCAUUAUAAGAGGCUUCUCACAUUUUCCAUCUACUGAAGGUUGGACAUCUAUUUGCUGAGACUUAACUCUAAGUCUGCUAAAUUCACAGUUACCAUUUUCAUCCCUGUUUAAUUAGCAAUCUCAAGACUGUUGUUGGAAGGAGUCUUAGCAAUGUUUAACAUUCUUAUUAAAUAUUCAGAAAAUGGCACAAUGUUAUUACUUUAAACUAGAAUAUCAGGUUAAAUGAAAAAAUAAUUUCAAUGUAACGUUUAAAAAUUGGUACCUAUUGAAAAUACCUACUUUGCAAUGUACUUUUUUUUUUUUUUUGCAAUGUACUUUUAACAGUCAUCAGAGUUUCUAAAUUUUCAUUGAAGGGAGGUACCUAAUAGAAGAAUCUAGACUUAGAAAUGUGAACUGUGGUUAAACCCUAGACCCAGUUAUACAGUGGUAGUCUAAAGCUUCUAAAACUGGAGUGUUCAGAAGAUCCAGAGAUGUUCAUAGUGUGUAGUUUCAGUAAUCAGAAUAUUAGACCAGAGUUUAUUUGCAAUUCAUUCAACAGAGAGAUUUUAUUUUGAUACAAAUAUUAAGCAUAAAGCAUUAUAAGUUUUAUAUAAUUCUAUGAGUUCAUUGAACAAUUGAUGAAAUUUUCAUUUUGUUCCUGGGGAGCCUUUUUAGCUAUUUCUACCUCAUAUAUGAGGUCUCUUCUGUAUUUUAUUUCUCAUACUAGCAUGUGAUUGCCUGCCUUAGAACUAUGUAUAGGAGGGAAAAAUCAGUAUUACCUUUUAAGAAAUUUUUGAUUUUGAAAUAAUUUUCAUGAAUACUUUCUAAACGUUUGUGAGAAGUAAAGGGGAAAGAAUGGAAACUUACGUCGGUUUCAACAUGGUAGUAUCUACAUACAAACCUGUCAUGUUUUAAGAUUUUAGAAUAGUGACAGCGUAAAGGAAAAAAAGAAAAGAAAGGAAAGAGGAAAAAGGUAGUAUUCAAACUUCAGCCAGCAUCAGACGUAACCUGGAGGUUUUCUUGAAGUAUAGAUUGCUGGACCCCACCCCAGGUUCUGGAUUCUAGGCUGAAAUCUGACCACUGGCAUUUGCAACAAGUUCCCCACAGUGCUGGUGCUGGUUGGUCCAGGGAUUGCACUUUGAAAAUCACAUGUCUCCAGUAAGUUUGAAGGUGUUUCCAGUGGUGCAUUUAUUUACUUGGUAUAAAAAGCUGAUCUCUUAAAUCAUUUUUAGAAUUCUGAUAACCUGAGUGGCAUAUUCCUGGAGAAAGAUCUCUAAGCCUUUGGAUUGACUGCCACCUCCAUUUUUCCUCCCCUGGUGGGGGUCUGUGCUGCUCUUUGUCAUUAGGGUGAAAGAGCCCUUUCAUUUCUAGGGUGAGAUUGGUUUUGUGUACGCUGCUGCUUGGGCUUUGGUCUGGAAGCUGUGCGUUUGUUUGAUGUGCUUAGAGUCAAUCUUGAUGAUCCCUACACAUGGAGAAUUGUGGAAAGAAGCCAUCUGAAGGUCACGAGAAUGCACUUUGCAUUUAUCGAGGCACUAAGUACAGGAGUCCCUGUCCUAAGAUAGCAGUGACAUGGAGCAUUGAAAAUGAUAGGUAAUACCCAAACAACAUGUAGUUUUUAUGGGGGGGGGGUUGGGGGGGUUGGGAGGGUGACGGAUUUGCUUUUCAGAUUGUGUGUUUCUCAGGUUAACAAAGUUAUUUUGGAUUUCUGCCAUGCCAGCAGGUGUCAGGGAGAGCCUGAGAUGCUGUAUGUGACAGAAAAUGAGUAAUUGUUUUUGAUUCCUUUGCUACCUUUAAAAAGAAAUCUGUAUAUGUUUGCAAAACAGUCUAGGGCAAUCUACCACCUACACAGCAUGAGUUAUUCAUAAAUCAUAGGUGCACAUGUAUGAGCAAGUUAUUUUUGAGAAAGAAAUUGCCUAUCACAAUCUUGACAGGUCUUUGGAUAUUUUUACAUUUGUGUGUUGUUGCUGUUGUUGUUGUUUUAAUAUUCACCCUGGACUGUACCUUGGGGAUUAUUGGGGCUCUGCUUCUGGUUUUUAGUUUGCCUUUGAAUUUACUGAAAUGCUAGCAAGAAUAAAACCUAAUUUUAAGGUGAUAGACUAUAGAACGAUUUAGGUGUAGAAGUAUACAUGAUGACCAUCAUAGAAUGCACGGCUUUAGAAUUCUUAAUUCUUCCUGCUUAAAAAGCUUGAUGAUCUUUUGUGAGGAUUGUUCAUAUGUUCAGCUCAGGUUCCUUGAUGCAGUCCCAACUUAUAGGGAACUUUGGUUUAUUUACACUUUGCUUUGCAUGACACUGUGUAUGUGGAGACCUCUUUAUAUCUUUUGGUAGGUCAGAGGUCUCUUUUGUCCAAGUUAAAGUCCCAAAGUGUCAGUUACACUUGAGAUUUUAUAUAUCCAGACCACACAUGAUCCUAUAAAUCUGUGUAUAUGACAUUAUGUACAUUACGUACUGUAUCUGAUUUCUGUGCCAGUCAGCUGACCUGAUUCUUUGAAACCCAUGAAGGUACUGGUUAUAUGUAGUAUGUAUCCUGGGUAAAUAUGGUGAUUAAAAUACUUCUCUAAAUUAUAAAAGUAAUGGGUUUUGCAUUUUUAUUAAAGGGUCCUGUUAUUAAUGACAGGAUUUUUUUUAAUGCUUCAAAAAUAUAGUUCUUAUCUAAACUUGUUCAGCUAACUUCAUAGGAUCAGUUGCUUAGUAAAUUCAUAUUGGUUCUUAUUUUGGAAAGCCUUUCUAAGGGAGGCUAUAUAAAACAGCUGGUAAGUUUCCAUCUCUUCAAGGGACCAGUUGUGUGGCCAUCUAAGCAUAUUUAUGGCAAAAUUAUUAUUUUUCUUUGCAGUAAAUGAUACCUCAUCUAAGAGGCUCUAAUACCUAAAGAGUUUAUUCUUAAAGUAAAAAUGACUUUGUAUAAUAAUAUAACCCCAAAGCUACUCUCUAGGGUUUUUUUCUUUCUCUGUCUUUGUCUUUUCUUUUAUAGUUUAAUUUCUGGAAUUACUUUAGCUACUUUGGUUCCUUAUAACAGGUUUUCAUCUUGGGGUCUACAGUUCUACGGUGUGAUCAUUGUCUCAGUGAAGUUCUUUUAUUUUAAAAGAUUCAUGGUAACACAAAAUGUAUUUUACUGCUACAACUAAAAUGUAUUUAUAAUAAAAUGCCUUUUUAAUAA